AUGUUAGAUGAAAUUCAUAGACAAGAACGUGAAGAGAUGGAAAAGAAACUUCAAGCAAAAGAUGAAGUCAUUGAAGCAAAAGACAAAAACAUUCAGAAAAGAAUACCACGUUCGGUACCAAAAGGAAAGGAAAAGAACUAUAAGUAUAUGAUUUAUACUGAAGAGAUGGAAAAUGAAGAAGACAGAGAUAUGGUUAUGUUGCAUUUAGUCAGAAGAAACAACAAAAGCUUUUACGACCUUGCUAAGAUUUACAAAUCUGACAGAAAUUGGUUCUAUCGCGAAAACUUACCGAUUUCAAUGACACCAAAUGAAGAUGUUAAACAGAUAGUUCAAGAUACGUUACCUCAAACACACUAUGAUAUUAAAGGUUGUACAAUACUUACAUUCAAAGAAGAUUUGCCGCUACUGAAAGAAAAAAUAACAGAGUAUUUUGACAACUUCAAACAAGCAGAGUAA